AUGAAGACGAAAUUGAGUGUUGCGCCGCGGAAGGCGCGGAAGAAAAUCUCCUUCAAUGCUAACCGCAACAAGGUGCGUUUCAUUCGCGUUCCUCCACGCUCGCAGAACCGCAAGUUCUGGUUCACUGAAACGCAGCGCAUUGUCAAGAAGGGACUUAACUUUGAGGUGGAGCCGGAGAUCAUGAUUGAGGUAAACAUUGAGUGUAGGAUGCAGAUCACAGCGUUGGCACGUAAACCGCUAUCUCAGUUAGGCAAGGGGCCAGCAGCCAACGGUAUUGAUGGCGCCGCCGCCUCCUCGUCCCUCGCAUCGUUGGCAAAGCGUAGCUACAUUGAGUUGGAAGAGACCGACCCACUCUUUCUGCCUGAUGCACGGAAGCGUAAUCGAUGGCAGUGCGUUGGCUCAGUCAGUUCGGGGGAGAUGACGAAGGUCAGGAUUGUGAUGCCGCCUGGCAGCUACCGCAUGCGGUGCACGGGUGGGGAUGUGGUGCAGGUCUUCGCACAGUCCUGGGAUAUUGAGCGAGAAUUGAUUUAG